AUGACAUCUAACUACGGCUUUAUACAAUACCUCAAUGGCUCUAGUGCUGAUGCAGCUGUACUUGAUAUUAAUGGACGUCGUAAAGCUGGAUUAGAACGGUUAAGGGUUGGUUAUGCUAAGACUAAAGCAGGUGUAGAUGAUAUACAAGGAACCAUUACCAUUAUUACCAGAGGAUGCUACAGAUGA